AUGAAGUUCUUUGGUUGGAUGCAAAACAAGCUUAAUGGGAAACAAGGCAGCUGUAAAUCAAAUGCAGUUUCUACUACUCAUCAUAUGAAACAAGAGCCCCGAGAAGAGUUCAGCGAUUGGCCUCAUGGAUUGUUGGCAAUAGGAACUUUUGGUAACAAUGACCUUAAAGGAAAUCCUCAAUCCCAAAACCUCAUUCAACAAGAUCAGUCUGAUAUUCAAGAGAAACCAUCUUCAUCCGAGGAUUUGCAAGUGUUCACACCUGAAGAAGUUGGGAAACUACAAAAGGAAUUAACAAAACUCUUGUCUCGAAAACCGACUUCCGAUGUGGAAAAAGAACUAGCAAAUUUACCAUUGGAUAGAUUUCUUAAUUGUCCAUCGAGCUUGGAAGUGGAGAGGAGGAUUAGUAAUGCACUUGGCAGUGAUUCAGGGGAUAGAUCAGAGGAAGAUAUUGAUCGGACCAUUAGUAUUAUUCUUGGCAGAUGCAAAGACAUUUGUGCUGAAAAUAAGAAGAAAACCAUUGGGAAAAAAUCAAUUUCUUUCCUUCUGAAGAAGAUGUUUGUUUGUAGAAGUGGGUUUUCACCUGCACCAAGUUUGAGAGAUACACUGCAAGAAUCAAGAAUGGAGAAGCUUUUGAGGGUAAUGCUUCACAAGAAGAUUUACAGUCAAAAUCUUUCUCGAGCAUCAUCCAUGAAGAAAUACUUGGAGGACAAACAAACACCAAAAAGGCAAAAUAAUCAAGAUGAAACACAGGAGAGAAAGAGUGAAGAUGGAUAUAAAUGGGUCAAGACAGAUUCUGAAUAUAUUGUUCUAGAGAUCUAAAAUCUACCU